ACUUUGACAUAUGACAGCAAAUGACAAUUUGUUGAUCGGGGCGAAAAUUUUGAAUUUAAAAUCUUAAUUUUCAAAUUAUUUCAACAUUAUCCAAUUACUAAAUUUCGUGUCCUAAACUUAAUACAUAAAUAACACAAAAUGAUCUAGAGUUAUUAUCAAGCUUGUGCUGUUGCGCAACUUUAAUUUUGAUUUCAUGAGGACGAAUGAGUUCAGAUAAAAAUGCCUUCUCAUGAAGAGGAAGAUAAGCCUUGCAGGGCUUGCAAUGACUUUAAAACAUGGUCCAAGAAACAAUCAAAGACCAAGAAAGACACUCCUGCCCCGUCGACUACUGCACCGCCCCCCGAACAAGGAAAAAGAAAGGAUUGUCCUUUGGAUAAAGAAGAGUUGGGGGUCUCAACAUGGGGAUUCCUUCAUUCAAUGGCUUCAUACUACCCCGAGAAACCAACUACAUCACAAGCUAAAGACAUGGAUAAAUUUUUCAAACUGUUUGGAGAAUUUUACCCAUGUGAGCCAUGCGCUAUAGACUUUAAAGAAGAUAUUAAAGCACAUCCACCAAAGACAAAAUCAAGAGAUGAGUUAGCGAAGUGGUUGUGUGAGCGACACAACACAGUGAAUGUGAAGUUGGGCAAGCCUGUGUUUGACUGCAGCAAAGUGCAUGAGCGGUGGCGCGACGGCUGGUCCGAUGGUUCUUGUGACUAGCAUUUACUACAAAGUAGUCUGCUAAUGCGGGAUAAGGGUCUUAGUCCAAUAUUAAUAUAUUAUUGUACAGUACCAUACUGCAAUUUUGUUUCUGAACCUGAUGUAUAAUGUCACUUUUUUAUAUCUGAAUUGGUUUUGUAGUUUUAGUCCCUCAAUUAUCAGCACUCAUAUUAAAUCCAAGUGUAACAAGCAUUAGAUAUUUUUUAUGUUAUCCAAUGUUUGGUGGUGACAUAUAUUGAGACUCGGGUUGUAAAUAGAAGCUUGUAAAUAAGGAACUCACUACUGUGUACAUAAUCAUUUUAAAGGUUUUGGUUUCAUUAAUUAUUUUUAAUAAAUUGUGCUCACAAUUUCUGUUAAAAAUAAAAUUGAAUGUAGUUCUAAUUUUGAUUGUUACAUAGCUUUAUGUAAGUGAAGAAUUAAAUUUUUGCCUAAUUUUUGAUACAAAUUGGAUUCAAAGUUUACAAAAUUGGAUAUUUUAUGAUUGUUAUAUUAAUACUAUAAAUGUGAUCAUACAAUAAUACUGAGUUUCAUAAGGUUGUAUUUGGAAGUGUUUUAUUUUACAUUUUAAUGUUUACACUUGCAGUACAGUUAGCGUGACCGACAUGCAGAUGUUUUGUACAGAGUUAGUAGUAGUAUAAUUUGUUAUGAUAAUAAAAUCACGGUUCCUAAA